CGAGCUGCUGAGCAUCUGGAGGAGAGCUGGCCGGCUGGGGAGGUGGUGGAGGACGGGGAGAGCGAAGCAGAAGGAGGAUCCGGGAGUCAGCGAAAACAAAAAAGCGGGUCAGGCCUGGAACUUGGCGAAGCGGGGGAUCCUAAAGAAGGAGGGUCAUCAUUUUCUCCAUUUUUUAAAAUCUUUUUCGACUUUUGAAUUCAACAGUCACUUUUUCGGUGAUGCCGUCCAACACAGUCACUGCCGCCCCUGCAUUCAAGAGCUCCGACUUCAACUGUGACACAAAUGGGAAUCAAAUGAAUGAGAGCUCUAGAAUGGACACAGUAAUUAUUGAUGAGAUGCCCUCUCUCUGCACUCCUGUCCGCAAGGUUGGACGGCCCAGCCGCAAACGCAAGCACCUCCCCGCUACGGGCUACGGGCCAGUGGGCAGGGCCAGUCAGCACAAAGGGGUGGAGCUCCAGUCCUCAUUGCAGUCUCACAAUGGAGAUGUCGAAAGGCACAAGAACAAGUCUCAGGAAGGUUGCCACCCCACGCAGGACAAGAAUGCUGCGGAAAACGGGCUCCCUCACCAGUCAGGCUGUCGGCCCGAGUCCUCGUCCGAUUCGAGCCUGAGCCCAUCCACUGAGAACGGAUUUGUCAUCGGCGAGGACAAGCCGAAUUCUGAAAAGUUGGAAGAGGACAAACUGCCAACUCUGCCUCGCAAGAAACGAGGGAGACGGAAAUUAGAGCGUCCGACUAAAUACGUGGAGCACAAAGAGGAUGAGGGUGGAGACUCGGCGAAAAAUGAGGGAGCUCGAGGGAGGCUCCGUGGGGGAGUGGGCGGGGAAGUCAGCCUCCGUCAAAGACCCAUGCCCAGAGUAACCUUCCAGGCCGGCGACCCCUAUUACAUUAGCAAGAGGACCAGAGAGGAGUUGCUGGCCAAGUGGAAGUUGGAGUUCCCCACGUUGCAGGCAGAGAAGAAGGCGAACCUGGUGUCUGUGAUCAACUCAAUGGAGGACCGUGGCGAGGUAGAGACGGAGCUCCAGAAAGAAAGCUCCAUAAUUACCGUCCCGCACCUCUUUCCUCCACCAGCGCCAGCAACACAACAGCAACCGCCACAGCCUCAAAGCCAAGCUCAGACCAACCUCAAAGCCCAACAUCCUCCUCCCCAUGAGCAACCUCCACCAUUCCAGCAGCAGCCCACGGAUCCAGCCUCUCCGAACGUUGCUACCACCCCGGAACCCGUGCCUAUAGGAGAUGGAAACAAGACUUCACCUAAGACCACAGAAUCAGAGUACGAGGAUAGCCGAGGUUUUGGCAUUGGGGAGCUAGUGUGGGGAAAGUUACGUGGAUUCUCCUGGUGGCCCGGCCGGAUUGUGUCCUGGUUGAUGACCGGACGAAGCCGAGCGGCUGAAGGCACUCGAUGGGUCAUGUGGUUUGGUGAUGGCAAGUUUUCAGUGGUCUGUGUUGAGAAACUGUUGCCUUUGAGUUCCUUACACAACGCCUUUCACCAGCCAACCUACAAUAAGCAACCCAUGUACAAGAAAGCCAUCUUUGAGGUGCUACAGGUAGCCAGCACUAGAGCGGGCAAAACAUUUCUCACAUGUCCGGAGAGUGAAGACACUGACACUUCUAAAUCAGUAGACAUGCAAAACAAACAGAUGAUUGAAUGGGCCAUGACAGGAUUUCAACCCACAGGACCUAAAGGCCUCGAGCCACCUGAAGAGGAACGGAAUCCAUAUAAGGAAGUGUACCCAGAGAUGUGGGUGGAGCCAGAGGCAGCAGCUUACACGCCCCCACCAACAAAAAGGCCCCGCAAAAGCACAGCCACAGAAAAGCCUAAGGUCAAAGACAUCGUCGACGAGAGGACUCGAGAGAGACUUGUUUACGAAGUUCGUCAAAAAUGUCGAAACAUUGAAGACAUCUGCAUCUCCUGUGGCACCCUUAAUGUUUCCCUGGAGCACCCGCUCUUCAUAGGAGGAAUGUGCCAAAGCUGUAAGAACUGCUUCCUCGAAUGUGCGUAUCAAUAUGACGACGACGGCUACCAGUCCUAUUGUACAAUCUGCUGUGGAGGCAGAGAAGUGCUGAUGUGUGGAAACAAUAACUGUUGCAGGUGUUUCUGUGUGGAAUGUGUAGAUCUGUUGGUGGGGCCCGGCGCGUCACAGGCAGCUAUAAAAGAGGACCCGUGGAACUGCUACAUGUGUGGGCAGAAGGGACAGUAUGGCCUGCUGGAGCGCCGGGCCGACUGGCCCUGCAGACUGCAGCACUUCUUCGCCAACAAUCACGAUCAGGACUUUGAACCACCAAGGCUCUACCCUCCGGUUUUGGCAGAGAAAAGAAAACCCAUUCGUGUCCUGUCACUUUUUGAUGGGAUCGCAACAGGGCUUCUGGUGCUAAGGGAGCUGGGGAUCCAAGUGGAGCGCUACGUGGCCUCAGAAGUGUGCGAGGACUCCAUCACCGUGGGCAUCGUUCGGCACCAGGGACGCAUCAUGUACGUAGGUGACGUGCGGAACGUCACCCAUAAACACAUACAAGAGUGGGGUCCUUUUGAUCUGGUCAUAGGUGGAAGCCCAUGCAACGACUUGUCCAUCGUGAAUCCGGCAAGGAAAGGUCUCUAUGAGGGCACAGGACGGCUUUUCUUUGAGUUUUACCGGCUGUUACAUGAAGCUCGACCUAAGGAAGGAGACAACAGGCCGUUCUUCUGGCUUUUUGAGAAUGUGGUGGCCAUGGGAGUCAGCGACAAGAGGGACAUCUCUCGCUUUUUAGAGUGCAACCCUGUUAUGAUUGAUGCCAAAGAGGUGUCUGCUGCCCACAGAGCGAGAUACUUUUGGGGUAACCUGCCUGGCAUGAACAGACCAUUGACCGCCAUGUUCACUGAUAAAUUGGACCUUCAAGACUGCUUGGAGCACGGCAGGAUGGCUAAAUUUGGUAAAGUGAGGACCAUUACUACUCGGUCGAAUUCCAUAAAGCAGGGCAAAGACCAGCACUUCCCUGUGUUCAUGAAUGAAAAAGAGGACAUCCUUUGGUGCACUGAGAUGGAGAGGGUGUUUGGCUUCCCUGUCCACUACACAGACGUGUCGAACAUGAGCCGCCUGGCCAGGCAGAGGCUUCUGGGACGGUCGUGGAGUGUCCCAGUCAUUCGCCACUUGUUCGCACCACUCAAAGAGUACUACGCCUGCGUCUGAAGUCAAACCCAGUGCAGAUGAGAUCGAUCUAAACUGAUGUAAUCCCAGGAGCCUCCAGCUCUUGCGUGUUAUCUGCAAGUUUAACAUCAGAAAAGAUAUUUCAUGUUUUUCCUCUUUUUUGGAAUAAUUGAUCAUUUGUUUUUUUGUUCUAUUUAAUUGUUUUUAUUAUUCGUUUGACUUUAGCAGUGUUAUCCAUUAUUUGAAUUGAUUUAUGUGUGCAAGCUAUACUUGAGACACGGCCUCCUUUUCAAGGCACUGAGAGACGACGUAACAAUUCGAGGCAUAAAUUAGACGGAAACGUCGCUGAAACUUUUAAGUUAGCCCGCGGUAACAUUUCGACUUCCUGAGUUCAUGCUUAUCGGGCAGAAUCCGGUGCGCCGAUCGAUCGAGGUUUUCUCUAAAGUGUCAGGGGAGUUCUGUCUUAACCAAUCCAAAACACCAGAUGGCAAAUACCUCUUUGUUUACAGUUUCUAUACACAACUGAAGGUAAUAAAAGGUACUACUGUAUUAGGUGACAAUAUGGUGCUUCAAGGUAGUGAAAAACAUUGCAACUCAUGUGGUGCUACUACUCGAACCAAGAUGGGGUCACGUUUUGUACCGUCGCCAGAUAAAACAAGUGACACUAAACAAACAAACAUAUAACCCACGACAUUUCAUUUUAUAUUUUUUACAGCCAUUUUGUACAAUAUCCUCUGGUGCUCUUUACAACAAUGCCUCAGCCUUUUAACCUUGGAGAUCUGCUUCCUACAGCACGGCAUGCCUGCGGCCGAAGAGCGUGAAAACCGGCCACAUGGGCGGUGAUGUUUUUUGUCAUCCAUACCUUGAAAUCAAAGGCUGUGGUGAGCUACUUUUUUUCUAGUGUCACACAGACCAGAAUCAUUACUGUACAACUUUUAGUGUGCGUUGCGGCCACAGGAAGGAUUGGCAUUGGUCCUUUUCUCGGCCGGGUGAAUCAGCCUUCAGCUGUGGCCCUCGCAGGCUAUUCUCAGUCAGGUGCAAAACUUUAAAGGUGCGGCUUCACAAUGUUAUUCUACCUUUUUAUAGCAAUGUUUUGUGCUGUGUUACCAACAAUAUCAAGCACUUUUGUAUAUGUAUACUUCUUUGUUUUCUUUGAUAUUUUUUUAAACCUUUCCUCUUGAUUCUUGUGAAUUGUUGUUGUUGGAUUUUUUUGGUUAUGUUAAAUGAUGUGAAACUCUUGCCGUUAUAUAAGGUAAUACUUUGUUGUGUACAGUAGGGCUGUGCCAAUAGAUGUGAAAGAAUGAGUUAGGAUAGUAGAAAUCCUCCAUCUGUCGUGCUGGUGGUGAAGGGGAAGAAUUCAGAUAGCACCCCUCUCAUGUUCUCAUGUGCUACAGAGUCGCUUUAUCAUAACUCGCGUCGAGAUGUUAGUGUCUGCUCACGGUUCUACUGGUAUAUAUAAUCCCAAAGUAAGUGAGUGUGUUUGUUAUAUAAUAUCCCUGUAGGAAAUUAGUCGUUUUCGCAAGAUGGGGUGUCGUUGAUGACAUCACACAGUUGUUAACUACGUCUGGUCCCUAGGGUAGAUCUGAAAACAUAAUUAUUAUGUUUGCCAUUGAUGGAUGUUGACCAUGUCAAUAAUUUAGUUAUAACAUGCAAGCUAUAUACUAGAUGAGGCUAAAUUUGGUUAGAAAUGGGCUCUUCUUUUUCUUAUUUAAGGCAUUGCACUGCUUACAUACCUUAAACACUUUCAUGUUCAGCAAAUGUAUCUUUUCAUUUUCCAAACGAUAUCGACGCCCAGAUUUGUUUUGUACAUGUUGUACAUAGAAAUUGUCUGUUGCUUUUUUUUAAAUGACCUAUGAGAUGUACAAAUAUAAUUCUUUGCUAAUAUAUAUCAUGGAAUCAAAACAGCGCUCAAAUCGCAAAGAGGGGGGUAAUUGAUAAUAUGACAACAGGUAAAUUGACAUAAGCUAUAGAGCAGCAGGGUGCUAGGACUGCGUGUCUUUUUUAAUUCAUAUUUAUAUGUGUUGAACGGGGGGAACGAAAGAACGAGUUCGCGAAGUGAUUUUAACAGUCCCAUCUUUACUGCACAGCCCUACAUACAAAAGUGUGUUUCGAUUUGCUUUGAAAUUCUGUUUUUAAGUACUAAGAGUGGGAUUGUAGGUGUUUCCUAAGGUGCUAAACAUUUUAUCUAAUUGAGAAAAAUAUAUUAUUUGGAAAAGAAAUAAACUUGUCUUGAUAAUGUUCUUUUUUUUAUUGGAAAAGCACUAUUAUUUUACUCUCUCAUAUAAAGAUAUUAACAAAGGCAUUUUAACUUUGUACUUGAAAAAAAGUGAUGAAUGAUGAGAUUCUUAUAUUGUUUUAGAAUAGACAUUGCUGUAGUUGGUGCUUAUCUGUGGGAAAUCAUGUACUCAUAAUGGGAAAUAACAAAAAAAUUGUAAUAACGUUUGCUGUUAACAUGUUCUUGCUUAAUAUUCAGGCAGAAUUGCUUCUAAGUCCUACAUUCCAUGCCAUAUAUCCAGCCCUCCAUCUUUCUUGUUCUUUCCUUAUUUUAAUUCAUUUAAUUUUAUGUUUCGUAAAAUUUUCUGUUAUGUUUGGCUGCAGCGGUCUCAUGUUUGCCCUCCUAACAGAUUGUCUGUAUAUCUCAGUGACACUGUUGAUAUGUGUGACUUAUGUUGUAUCAUUUCCACUUUUUUCAAGCCUUUUCUCCUUAGCAGUCAGCUCAUACAGCAAAUGUAGCAGUUGUACACCACCUCUCCCCCUUUCUUUCGUUAUUUGCCCAGAACGAAGUGAAAAAGGCUCCUUAUGUACUUGUGCUGGAGAACACUUGAAUAAAUGUUU